AUGGACGCUGACUCCAAUGCGGUGACCUCCGCUCGCGAGUGGGACGCACUGAAAGACGAAGAUGUGACGCCACUGCCGGCGUCCAAGCCCCACGUCGUGUUUAGACUCCGACGAGAUGAAGACGAGAACGUGCCGUGGAUCGUCGAGCUCGUGUUCCUCCUGUUCAACGCGCAGGGCGAUGUCUUGCAGGUUGUUCGUGGUGCCCGAUCUACCGACACGUCCUCAAGGAGCCACCACACCAGCUCAAGUCCCAAUGCUUCCUUCUUCGGGGAGGACAAUUUCCGAGCAACCCGCGCCAAGUCGAAGGAGGCGAACGAGCGGGAGGUUGUGCGGUUCUCCAUGGCCAAACUGCACCCGUAUGUCGAGGUCGUGGGCUGCUUGGUCACGUACGCAGAGGACGAGAUCGCUGGAUCCCCUCAGCUGAACGCGUUCUCGCUCACCUGCGACCUGCACGCAGUCGACAGCGCUCAAGCUGAAGCCGAAGCACAAGCACUGGCUGCAGGCGGCAAGAGAUUCGUGUUUGAUGCAGGGGAACGCAUUCGUUUAUUCGGAAUCUCGCACGACCCGAAAUCUGUACGAAGACAGAUCGGCAAGCAGCCGAAUGUCGUGGUGCUGUGUAAAAUCUUCCGACGCCACGGGAACCACCACGACUGGGCCUUCCACGCUGCCACCGACGACCGCAGCAACGUUGUGGUCCGAAGCGCAGUCACGGCGUCUCUGAUUGAAAGCAUGCAGAUUUUCCUCUUGGACCUCAUGCCCGACAUCAAGAUCCCCAAUCGGAACCCGCUGUCGAGCGUUGCUGGGAUCUGUGCCGCUCUCAGUUGCAACGAGUUCCUCGGGAUCGAACGGUAUUUCCCCGACGACGAUGGGCUUCCCAAAGUCGAGUUUGCUCGACUUCUGCUCUGGGAGUUGAUGCGCAGUCGACCGAGUCUGAUGCAGCAUCUCGGCCGCGCGACUGCGUUGGUUGGUCUGCUGUUCGAGAUGUUUGAGCAGAUCGACAUCAAUGGCGAUGCAGUUGUGGACUGGGAGGAGUUCACGUCGUUUUGUGUCGCGAUUGGACUGGUGGCUACGCGGAUACCUCAUGACGAGAAUGAUCAUGACCAGGGACAAACCCACGGGGAUCCGGAUGAUGCCCCUCCGCGAUCGACGAUAGUCUACCGGCAAGAACCUCUCAGCAGCGGCACGGCAGCACGGACUUUUCCGUACCAAGUGAGCAAGUUGAAGGCCUUCCCACAACUAAAGCGUCUUGCACUGAUCGAACACAAGUCUCCACGCAUUCUAAUGUUCGACCUCGACAUGAACUUCCUUCAUGAACUCAACUGCAGCGAGAAGUUGGCUGCGGAGAAGAAGGCGGGCGAGAAACAAGUGGACGUGUUUGACUCUCUCGAAGUUAUGGACGCCGAGCACGUUCCGUCUCGGAACGCGUUGGCCAUCGCUAGCAGCGACCUGUGCAUCUCGCUCUGGUCGAUCAUCGACGCCACUGUCGGCUCCUACGUCUUCAAUGGAAAACUGGUCGGUCGCUUCCCAGCGCUCUUCGUCAAGUGGUGUCCCCCUCCACUCAAGCGCUUGUUUGUCGCUGGCGGAUCCACCGAUCAGGUUCAGCUCUGGGACCUCGAGGUACCGAUGCACGCUGGUGCAGCCCCUCCACCGCCUCCGAUGCUUCUCCCCCGACAUCACACGGAGCGCUUAGCUGCGUGUUUAGACAUCCCAGAGACGCCCUACGUUGCUACGGCCUCGUUCGACCACACGAUCACGGUCUGGGAGACUGUAGCAGGCACCAAUUCCUCUGUCGGAGGCCCAUCCGCUGUGUUAACCGUCUCGUUCGUACUGCGAGGCCACCAGCAAGCCGUCUUGACGCUGGACUCCGCUCACACUUUACUGUUGAGCUCUGGGUUCGAGUACCAAGCCUACUGCUGGGGGAUUCCCGGUAGAACGCUCAAGACGAAGUUGGGAGGGCACCACCACUGCCUGAUGGGCGCCAAGUUCGUGUCUUCUUCUACUUGUCUGGCGGUAACGGGGGAUCAAAGCGGACAUUUCAAGCUUUGGGACAUCACGCGCUGCGCCAAGGGCUUCUCUGGGAACCAUCUCGCCUCGAUGCUGCAGACUUUCGAGCUCCACACGCCCAAUUUGUGUCGCUUUCGGAUGUUCAUGACCUCCCCAGCGUGCGAUAUCAUCACGGGGAACUUGCGCUUGUAUCGCUUCAGUGCCGUGAUGCAGUCGGUCGGACAAGAGGACGCAGCGGUGGACGACUCGCCUGGCACCGCCCCCACACGGUUCGUGGUGUUCAACACCGUGGCCAAUACGUUCGUUGGGGUCGUCGAGAACCGCAUCACCGUGUGGAGUGCCAACUCGGGGGCGAAGAUCGAGGAGCCGGUCUCCAUCAGAGAUGCUGAUGUCUGUGCUAUUGCAUUUGAUAGCCCUCGUGAGCGAAAGCUUUACGUGGCGACAAAUGACGGUGCAAUUCGACUGUACAACCCGGUAACUGGAGCUUUUUCUCACUCGAUGUGUUUGCAGUGUUUAGUAUCAACGGGCGAAGAUCGGAUGAUCUGCGUCUUGGAUUCGCCGCCAGGAGAGUCGAAUCUGGAAGUGGUGCACUUUAUAGAGAAGGCGCACAAGUCGAGUAUCACGUGCUGCACGUGUUCACCUCCGCCAUCGUCAACCGAGUUGCAUACCACGAGGUUCGUCGCUACAGCGGACGACGCUGGCGGGGUACAAGUCUACGAUCUCCGCCGUAUCACGCUGUUAUUUCGUUGCGCUUCUGUCCACACUCGAGAGAUCCGAGCGCUUCACUUUCCCCCUGCAACGCCCGGACUACUAGUCUCCGCCGACGUGACAGGAGGCAUCUUCGUCUGGCCAACGAUCGGCGUUCGCAGCAGCAUCGCUUACCCCCUCAUGCGACUCGUGAUGGUCGAGUCCACCCCGUCCCGGCCUCUACAAAGCAAACUCGAGCUGGACGGCGUCACUUCCAUUUGCUCGACCAGCGUCUCACCUGAACCAUCACACGCAGCUACCAGUACACACCCAGAGAUGCUGUACGUUGGCAUUGAAACGGGCCAGAUCUUCGCUUGGGAUCUCCGCUUCCUCACUGGGAAUCCUCAGUCUGAAACACAACCAACGAGACGCUCGGCGAUUCUGCGUCGUCGAUCAUCCAACGCACAGUACAACCACGUUGACAUUCAAGCGAUUGAAGGGGGAGUUGCCAGUCGUCGGGCGUCGAUAGUCGAAGGACCAGCAGCUCUCCCAGUGGUGUCGUCGACCAAGUCCUGGAUGGCGCACCAUGCCGGUGUCUUGUCACUGCAGAGAGUUCCGUGGCCUGGUGAACUGCUCUCGUUAGGCGCCGAUGGCGUGGUCAAGAUCUGGGACCAAACAGCAACGUGUGUCGGCCACAUCUUGACCACAGGAGAGCAGUCGUCUGCCUCUGCUUCGGCCUGGAAGUUCGUCCGUCGCGAUCACACCGUGGGUGGAGACAGGAAGGAGCUGUUCGAACGCAUCGCCCGCGAAGUUAUCGCCAAGCACCAGCGUCGCCUGAAGAAGGAGCAGAGGAGGCAGCCUCCGUUGUUCCCCGACGCGUCGACGGCUUUGACCCACGCAGCGAACGUCUUGCUAAUGCAAGCGCCGUUCUCCGUGACUUCGGUCACUUCAGGCGUUCAACAUGGGGUCUUUGGACCGGAAGAAGCGCAACAUCUCCGUUGUAUCGCGAAGAACUCAACUGCGUUGCUGGCGGACGUCGCGGACAAGAAGAAGCGCGUGGCGGCGCUCGCUCCGCUGUUCUCCACGCCGGAAGAAAUGGGCAGGGCGAGGGCCAAAGCGAAGGCCAAAGCUCGUGCCAUGGUGAACCACAGUCCACAACCAACCCCGGAACUCUCUUCAGCAGCGUCGAAAACGUUGACCAAUUAUCCUCUGGAGGUUGAACGUCGUGCGGCUGCGGUGGCUAAAGCUUCGGUCGGAGCCUUCAGGAGGUUAGAUGUCGAGCCGUCCCAGUUCUUGCGCGAUAAGCUGCAGGACGCUGCCUCCCCAUUGAGCAAAUCAGUUAAAUCCACACCAACGAAGCGCCUGCAACUGCAACGCUCGUCAAUGGAGUCGACCGGUUUAAACAUCAAAAUGGACGCGAGUGUCAUCGUCCUCGCUCGCAACGUCAACAUCGAACGCAAGAUCAAGUUGUGCCAGAAGAUCGUCGCGAACGUCUGUCUCUUGAGUUCCAAGCCUAAAGUGCCUAAAGAACACGCAGAGCAGCGCCAACCGAUAUCUCCGACUGCGAGCAGUAUGCGUCGCUCUACAUCCACGCCAGCAUUGUCACCGGGCAAGAACCCGUUCGGACCUCACUACACUGUAAAACAAGUCGAGCAACUCGCUGUAGGUCUCGCUCGACUCGAUGAAGACGGAUCCGGGGACUUGAACCAACAAGAAUGGACGCAGUUGGUCAGGUUCUGCGGUCUCGAGGGCAGCGACCGAAGGAACAGCGCUACGAGCGUCGAGAACCUCUUCUACUCCAUCGACAGGGACUCCAACGGCACCAUCAGCCUCAAAGAGCUGCUCCCGACACUUGUACGUUAUGAAUAUGGCUAUUGUAUUAUCCUUGUUUGUAGUAUCCUAACACCUUUUCAUGCUUUUGUAUUAGUUCCGCCAAGCUUCACCCGAGCAGCUCCAGCAGAUGCGAACGUUGAUCCAGACGCGCAUGAAGGUGCUGCGAGCAAGACGAAGUCGAGUCAGAAGCAGCAGCCCCGCCCUCAUCGAAGAAAGCGACCAAUAGUCUCCUGA